AAUUUUUUAAGCCCAUAUUGAUAAUAAAUACAUAUUUUACUUUUCAUGUCAAAGGUAUCGAACUGCAUACCAAGUCUAUAGAAGAGUUGGAGGUUGAUUAUGAAGACGAAAAAAAUUCGAUGAUAGCUAUUACAGAAUCAGAUGAAUAUAUUAGCGAAGAUUUUUACGAUGAAUUAGAUAAUCGACUCAGAGUAGAAAACUCUAUGGAUAUGAUAUUCUUUGGACCUCCAAACGCAUUUUUAAGAUUGGACUCUGAAACCAUAUUACACAUUUUUGCUCACACAAAAAAGCAGUUGAUACCAAUUUCUAGAGCAUUGCUAGCUUGGGAUAUUAUUACUGAUGGAAAAACUGCGGCUUUUUUACAAGGACGAGAAUAUUUAGCAUUCGGUAGUCUAUUAAACGUCGUUCCUGAAGAAGAUCUGUAUUAUGUUAAUUUCGGCGAUCCUUCAGUUUUUAAAUAUUUUUCGAAAAAUGACUUGAAGAUUAGCAGCCGUAAGAUAGGCGUGCUUGUCGCGGCAUAUAGAAGGUACUAUGGAAAUAUGUGGUAUAGGAAUGGGUCUCACAUAAAUGAACUAGGAUAUAUGUUAUGUGGGUUCCCGGAUUUCGACUUAGCUAAAAUAUCACCAAUAACAUUCAAAGAAUUAACGGUCGACGUACUUGGAAAGCUGCAUAGAUGCAGUGUCAAACAAACUAAGGCUUGUUUAUACACAGUAUUAUUAAUUGUAAAGUUAUAUUAA